CGUUGACUCGCGCAGUCGCAGUCAGAGUCACAACCGCCAGUCCGUCGAGAAAUACAGCCAAAAUUCAAAACGUGGCCGGUCGUCGCGCAUGCGCAAGCCAAAAGUAAAAAAAUAUAUAUUCAAUUAAAAUCCCUCUAUGUGUAGGGCCCAUUUCAUCAGUUGUUGUCAGCCAACAAAUUACAAAACCGGAAGCAGAAGUAAUGUGAAGAUGAGCCCGCAGCUGACCGUAAGAUGAUCGAGGCCUUUGCGAAUCAUUUCAGCAGCCAUCUGGGACGCCACCUCUUCUACUGGGCCAUCGAAUCGAGCAGCGCCACCUCGGGUAACUACGGCCUCAACCUGCGGCUCUCCGAGCUGAUCAACAAGUUCCACGGCCCCCUCGAGCGGGGAGUGCAGGUGCUGGACCACCUGCUCACCCUCGAGGAGGACGACUUCGCCGGCCACUGGGGCAGCGCCUACGCGCACAACUAUGAGCCGGAGUACGCCGCUCGAGUGCCGGAGAACGAGGAGCUGCCGCCUCCAGAACACAUGGAAACUCUGAACAAUGGCAACGGGCUGCUCCACUCGCCGCCCCACAAUCACCAGCAGCAGCAGCAGCAACAACAGCGAGGCGGAGGAGGAGCAUCGCCAGCUGGAGGCGGAGGAGGUGCCUCUGCCGCAGCGGAUCACAAUAUCCAGAUAACGCAGCCCAUCAGUGCUCCAUCCUCGCCGUUGGCCUCACCGGGCGCCCUCAACAGCAGUGGCAGCAGCAGUGGAGGUGGUGCAGGAAGUGCCGGAGGAAUCUCCGGCAGUCCCACCGCCUUUUGUCUGCCCUCCAGUUCCGCAGCGGCAGCGGUGGCUGCCAUCUCCGCUACGCCCACCAGUGGGAGUGGAUCGUAUGUGUGCUCUGCCGGAACUAACUGGCAUUUUGCAGCUGUGGCAGCAUCCAACGCCAUCGAUACGGCUGAUCCCAACUGGCAGGCCAGCAAGGCGACGGUCCUCGAGAGGAAUGCAGCCAUGUUCAACAACGAACUGAUGUCCGAUGUCAAGUUCAUUGUGGGCGGAGAGUUCGACAUCGAUCCCAUUCAGACCAUUCCCGCCCACAAAUAUAUUCUCGCCACGGGCAGUUCCGUAUUCUAUGCUAUGUUCUAUGGAGGACUGGCGGAGAACAAGCAGGAAAUCAAAGUGCCUGACGUGGAACCCACUGCCUUCCUAACGUUGCUAAGGUACCUUUAUUGUGAUGAAAUCAAACUGGAACCUGAACACAUUCUGGCCACGCUGUAUGCAGCCAAGAAGUACAUUGUCCCGCACUUAGCCAGAGCAUGCGUCAACUAUCUGGAAGUGAAGUUGACGGCAAAAAACGCCUGCCUACUUCUCAGUCAAUCGCGUCUGUUCGAGGAGCCCGAGCUGAUGCAACGUUGCUGGGAAGUGAUCGACGCCCAGGCCGAGAUGGCGGUUAAGUCCGAGGACUUUGUCGACAUUGAUCUCAAGACCUUUGAGUCGAUUCUUUCGCGAGAGACACUCAACUGCAAGGAGAUCCACUUGUUCGAGGCGGCCCUUAACUGGGCCAUGAACGCCUGCGAGAAGAUGAGCAUCGACGACACGCCGCAGAACAAGCGCCGGCUGCUGGGACAAGCGCUGCACCUCAUCCGCAUUCCCACAAUGUCGCUGGAGGAGUUCGCCAACGGCGUGGCCCAGACAGGCAUUCUUUCGUCGCAGGAGACGAUCGACAUGUUCCUGCACUUCACCGCCAAGAUGAAGCCUUCUCUGGGCUUUCCCACACGCUCCAGGGCGGGAUUAAAGACCCAGGUCUGCCAUCGCUUCCAGUCGUGCGCCUACCGCUCGAACCAAUGGCGCUACCGCGGACGCUGUGAUUCAAUUCAGUUUUCGGUCGAUCGAAGAAUUUUCAUUGUGGGUUUUGGACUGUACGGCUCGUCGACUGGCGCUGCCAACUACAACGUAAAGAUCGAACUUAAACGCCUGGGCCGCACGCUUGCAGAGAACGACACAAAGUUCUUCUCGGACGGAUCAAGCAACACGUUCCACGUCUUCUUCGAGAAUCCCAUUCAGAUCGAGCCCGAGUGUUAUUACACCGCCUCCGUAAUCCUCGAUGGAAACGAGCUUAGCUUCUUUGGCCAGGAGGGCAUGUCCGAGGUGCUAAUGGGCAAUGUGACAUUCCAGUUUCAGUGCUCGUCGGAGAGCACCAACGGCACUGGAGUUCAGGGUGGCCAAAUCCCAGAGUUAAUCUUCUACGGACCCACCACAGUGACAGCAAUGAGCUCGCCCACCAAUUCACUGUGUCCCACGCCAAUUGGUGGCGCUUCCUCCAAUGCAGGAGCGACUUCAACCGCAGCAGCCGGAACAGCUGUUCCGAAUAGCAGCAAUGGAUCUGGCAAUAACGCCAACAGUUCUGGGGAGGAUGGCGACGGAAGCACCUGAUGCGCACAGCUCUAUUGCGCCGAGUGGCAGGGAGCCUGCUACUACCGCCAACAGCAGCAGCAACAGAGGAGACCAACACAACAAUACAAAACACAGCAACCGCAAAAGAUACAGAUACAAAAUCGAAACUCAUGGGUUUUCAGUGCAGCACAAGAAAGUAAAUUGGAGUUUUAGGCGCAUAUAUAUAUAUAUACCAAGAUAGUAGAGUACUCUAGUUUUCAUAAUAGUCCUAUAUAUAGACAUAUAUAUACACGUCAAAGCAUAGACACAUAUAUAUACACCUCGGCAGUGCGUUUUAAAGCUCCAAGACGGUUGUCAGUACGUGAUCAUUUCAAAAAGAAAGUCAGCCGAUGCAAGUCAAUCGAUAUAAGGAAUUUGCGAUAAUUGAAAAGUUCCCUUCGAUAUCCCAAGUAUGUUAAGCAAGUUAAAUCAAUGGUUUUGCAGUUCUAAAACGCACUGCACAUAGUCUGUUGGUAAUGCAUAUAAAGAUAUUUUCAAAAUCGAAAAA